AUGACUGCGCAAUCACCUCAAAUGCAUUCGCCGAGUUCGCAUCCUGAGCGACCUAAGGGUAUCCUCAAGAAUUCUGGCUCAUACCGCUCCGACUCACAAACUUCCCCUACUAGCGAGCUCCCGCCAGCCGUAAGCCCAAUAGCCGAGCGACCGCAGCUAGGUCGCGAAAAGUCAGAGAAGGACAUCGUACUGGAAAACACACUGCGCAAUGCUGGCGCCCACCGGAGAUCCUCGUCAAACCCGCGUGGCAUGGGUUCACGGCGUCAAUCGGGCGUUGAUCCCGCGGAUGAGACUAGUCCACAGCUCAAGUGGGACGAGGCCAACCUUUACCUAAACGAGCAGAACCGCGACAGCACCAUGAAGAUCGAUGAGCCCAAGACACCAUACGCCAAGCAGUACGAUCCCGCAGAGGAUGAAGAGGAGGUCGAGAUGCUGAACGCGGAGGAGCUCAAGGUCGACGAGCUGGAUAAGCCAAAACGGAAGCCUAAGAUUGAUGACAUACCCGAGUUCGAUCUAGGACAGCCAGAGCUACAGGCGCGACACUCUCAAACACCUGAGAGCGAGAAGAGAGUUAUGGUCGAAGAAGGUAUGGAUACCGACGAAGGCUACCACGGCGAGCUCCUGCCCAAUGCCUCGCAGGAAGAGAGGGAGAAGCAUCGCAAGUUUGAGGAACUGCGCAAGAAGCACUACGAGAUGAAAAACGUCAAGGAUCUGCUUGGUCACCCAGACGAUGACGAGGACGAAGACAUGCCGACACGACCCAAUGGUCAAUAG